ACAAAGUCUACAGGCUUUACCCCGUGAAUUAACUAGUACUUUUACUUAUUUUUCAAGGCUAUGUCGUUCGCAGAUAGCUUUUGGACACAGGACUACGAGCUGGGGUUCAAUGUGUUGUUUGAACAGCUCUAUGAGGGGAUCUAUGAGGACGAAGACUUCAUUCAUUUGUUCACCGCCAGAAUGGACCUGGAGCAUCUAUACGGGACUCAAUUGAACUCUAUCAGCACCCAGAAGAGCGCCAGCACCCGCUACAACAACGAUGACCACGUGUCGCUGAUGAAGAACUCGUUCCAGAAGAUGAACGAGAACUUUGGCCGUCAGGGGGACUACCAUGUGCAAGUUGCUCUGAACAUUCGUCAAAUGGUUUUGGAGCCAUUUUCCCAAUGGUGCAAGGAACACAAGCAACGGGUGGAAUAUUCCGAGCUGACUCUCUUGGAUAAACAUAAGCAAUUCCGUGCUGCGAGAGCGCAGUUGGAGAAACUCCAGAAAAGAUACUUCAACAAGUGUCGGAUGUUGGAAGAAUUCAAGGCUCAUUACACUGAAGAGGAAUUGGCUGAAGAGACGAGAGAUGCAGCAGAAGCCGAGCUCCAUGCCGAAGAGGAAGCUGCAGCUGCCGCCAAUACCAGCGUCUCCGAGGACGAUGACACUGGUAGGUACCAUUUUGGGAACGCCACGUAUGACACUCCGACAUUGAAACAACUUCUCAUUGAUCUUGUUCAAGGGGUGGAACGUAAAUCACACAAGGUUGCCAUUCUUGGUACAUACCACAAUGUUUCCACUGGCAGUGAUAUCACCCAAUGGCUUUUGGACAAUAUGGAAGAGUUCAACCGAAGCAUUGCCAAGGCCGAGACUUUCGGACAGGAUCUUGUGGCUCAAGGUUUCAUUAGAUUGAUUGGAUCCAUGGGGGGUAAGAACUUCAUCAAUUCCUCUCAGUUCCACUACCAAUGGAAGCCAAUAGUGUUUCAAAUGACUGGAAUCAAUGAGAAUGGACCUACCAACGACCAACUGGUGACUGGUGACAACAAUAACAACACAACCACCGCCGCCGCCGCACAUAACAAUAACAAGAACUCUGCCAAUAUUGCCGCAUAUCUUGAAGAUAUGAAACAAGCGAUUGGAGUGAACACCGUUGAUUUCAACGACCGAUCACAAUACACGCGUCUUAUGACUGAUGUAAGUGCCUUGGACGCCAAAUACUACGAAGCAACUGUUGCGCUUGAUAAGCAAAGGUGCGAGUUUGAGGAACUUAUCAUGGACCAUUUAACUUUUAUGCAAAAAUGUGAGCUAGACCGCAUGAAGGCCGUCAAGAAGGCCACGUUUGACUUUUUAGGGUGCAUGUCCAACAAGGUUGCGGCCAUGAAACUGACAUGUGAAGAAUUGUUGGUUUUAGAAGAAACAAUCAACCCAGUUAAUGAUUUGAAGUUCUUGAUCGAGAACUACGCCACAGGAAGAUUCAAGCCAAAUGUGGUGUUGUACGAUAAUUACUAUGACUCCAAUGUUAAGCAAACAUUUGGAGUGGACCUUGCUGUGAAAUCUCGUUUGGAUCGUAAGGUUGUUCCAGUAAUCAUCCAAUGUAUUCUUUCUCAUUUGGAUAAGCAGUAUCCUGACUUGACUGAUGACGAGGAAAGAGUGAACUUAUGGACCAAGCCAGUACAUUUGUCUGAGGUUCAUCAACUUCGGUUUGCCUUGAAUGAUGAGACUGACCCAAAUAAGAUUAACGAAGCACUUGACAAGACUUCUCCAUUGGUAAUCACAAAUCUUUUUAAACUUUAUUUAAUGGAACUUCCAGACUCCAUCAUUCCAUGGAAUUAUUACGAUUUGAUCAAAUCUCUUUAUCUGAACUAUCCUCCAUCAGAAUCUACUUCUGUCAAUGACUCACGUAUUAAUGGACUUCAGAACGUCUUGGUGGAUCUCCCCAAGUGUAAUAUUGCCACUUUGGAUGCCUUAUUGACCCAUCUCACGCGUCUCAUACACAUCAUUGGUUCUAAGAACGAUAAACUUGCCAGUGAAUUCCAAAAUAAGCUCUCGCGUGAGUUUGGUACAUUGGUGUUGAGACCUAAAAUAGAUGCGUCUCUGAAUACAGACUCAUAUCUCAACGACAAGCAUCAAUUCAACUUCUUGAGUGAUUUGUUUGAACAUAAGGAUAGAAUAUUCACUGAGCUCAGAAGAAGAAGUUCCACUAGAGUGGCGAGCGGAAGCAACCAUCCACUGGGUAAUGGUAGAUCGAAGACUCAAUCGCCAACCACAAGUCUCAAGAAAACUGCUUCUAAGAAUAGGCUCGAAUCCAGACUCCAACAUGCAGUAAGUAAAACCGCCAAAAAGGAAGACCUGAAACAAACUACAGAGGCGGAAGAGACCGCCCCGGUUUCAACUGAACUCCCCUCUCUUCCUAGCACACCAAUUUCGUCAACUCUGUCAUUGAAGAGAUCAACGUCACCCAACAAAAAGAAACUUUCAGAAUCCCCUGGAAGAUCAAGACCAGUCUCGCUGAGACCAGCAAAGAAAGACGUCAUUUUCGAUGGCAAUAAUUCAUCAUAUGAGUCAAUCAAGGAGUCGGGACAACCUAAGUUUGCCCCAUCUCUUGGAAGAAAAACGUCUGUGAAGGACCUUGCAUCCCGAUUCGAUUCAACUAGUCCAGAGAAGAGAGAUAGAAGUCCCGACAAGAAGGCGGCUCCAGAAACCAUCGUUGUUGAUUAGUGAACUAUAAAUAGUACGUGUGCAAAUAGCACCCAGGUAUCAGAAUAGUCAGAAGGAAGGAUAUGUUCCCUUCAUGGUUGUUUUUUUUCUUCGAUCUAUAUAUGUAUGUAUGUAUAUAUAU